GACUCGCGGAGGCAGUAUCAUAUAACCGUUGCUUUGCGUUGAUGUCGGUUGCUCACAGUUAUCGAGUUGCGAGCGCCCUUGCAACGCGAGCAGCAGUUCAUAGAUUCACUAACGAUGAUUAGAAGAAGGAGUAGAAUUUUAGUUAUCAUAGGACUUGUGUGGCUGAUGGGAGUCGCCUACUAUCUACACAAGACAGGACAUUCUGAUGCGGAUGACAAUCCGGCGUUGAAGCUGAAGUCGUCGGUGAUCGCUGCGCGUCGGCGCGAGGUGCUGCCGGUCGUCACCCCGCACGUCGGCGCCGACAAGCAGCUGUCGUGGCAAUACUUCGACGAGAGCGGCUACGUCGAGAAGACGAAGCUCGCUGACGGACAGGACAGCUACAAGCGUAACAAGUUCAACCAGGUGGAGAGCGACAAGCUGCGCAGCAACCGAGAGAUCCCCGACACUCGCCACGAUCUGUGCAAGCAUGCGACCUUCAGUGAGGACCUGCCAGCAACAAGUGUGAUUAUCACCUUCCACAAUGAAGCCAGGUCGACGUUACUACGCACUGUUGUCAGCGUGCUGAAUCGCAGCCCCGCUCACCUGAUAAAGGAGAUCAUCCUAGUCGACGACUUCAGCGACGAUCCGUCUGCCGGGACAGAGUUGGCAAAGAUCCAGAAAGUGCGUGUGAUGCGCAAUGACCGGCGGGAGGGUCUCAUGAGGUCGAGGGUGAAAGGAGCGGACUCUGCAAUCGGAGAUAUCCUGACGUUCCUGGACAGCCACUGUGAAUGCAACAAGGGCUGGCUGGAGCCGCUUCUGACUAGAGUAGCGGAGAACAGAACUCGCGUCGUGUGUCCGAUCAUAGAUGUCAUCAACAUGGACAGCUUCGCAUACAUAGGUGCUUCGGCAGAUCUCCGAGGCGGUUUUGACUGGAACCUUGUGUUCAAGUGGGAUUACAUGACGCCUGAGAUGAGAGCGAAAAGACGCAACGAUCCGGUCGCUCCCAUCAAGACCCCAAUGAUAGCCGGAGGGCUGUUCACAAUGGAUCGAUCGUGGUUCGAUACACUUGGCAAAUACGACAUGCUGAUGGAUAUCUGGGGUGGAGAAAACCUUGAGAUCUCCUUCAGGGUGUGGCAGUGCGGCGGAAGCCUGGAAAUCAUCCCCUGCAGUCGCGUCGGUCACGUCUUCCGCAAGCAGCAUCCAUACACGUUCCCGGGCGGCAGUGGAAACGUCUUCGCCAGAAACACGAGACGGGCGGCAGAGGUAUGGAUGGAUGAUUUCAAGCAGUACUACUACAGCGCAGUGCCCUCUGCCAGGAAUGUCCCGUAUGGAAACAUACGAAAUCGCUUGGAACUGAAGGAGAGGCUGCAUUGCAAACCAUUCAAGUGGUACAUUGAUAACGUCUAUCCAGAGUUGAAAGUACCAGAUAAACAGGACUUGGCAUUCGGAUCCAUUCAGCAAGGUGUUAUGUGUCUGGACACCAUGGGUCAUCUGAGUGGACAGACUGUGGGGCUUUAUAGUUGCCAUUUCUCCGGUGGGAACCAGGAAUGGGCAUUUACCAAGACAGGUGCUAUCAAACACGGUGAUCUGUGUUUGGACGUCGUUAAGUUCGACCUUGGCUCAUCGAUACAUAUGCGGCCAUGUACCGGAACGUCAUCGCAGAAGUGGCUGCGGGUGGAAAACGACCGCAUGCUGAGGCAUGCCAUACAGGGAGUCGAACUGUGCAUAGACAGCCAGCAUCACGCCGCCAAGGGACUCACGAUAGAGAAGUGCAACAAGAAAGAACUGACGCAGAUGUGGAAAUUUUCACUGAACAAGUUGUGAUCGACUGCACUUGCUGUGUGACGACCGGCACAGUCGUGACUGCAAAUGUAUAGAUGCAGUGGGAGUGCUACGGCGAGUUGGCGAUGCGUGAGGAAACGUUGACUGUCCCCGACUUAGGGUUAACAUCGUGAGAUACCGCGCUAGCAGUUAGCAGUCUGGAAUUGAUCGACGGCGUGCAAUGACCCCCAUUAGCUGGUGCCGUGACGACGCCUUGAGAGCAGACGAUGAUGCACUGACGUCACGCAUCAAGCUAGCAGAAAUGCAUCUGACUGCAAUCCUAGUUGCCUUUAUACUCCAAGUUCACCAAAUGGAUUGGUGGUAUGUAGCUAUUGCAGCAUGCGGCAUCUAGGCAUGGUUCAGGGAGCAGUAGAGCGAAUACAAGGCAAGGUGUAGGCAAGGCUCUGCAGGGCUAAGGUUUCACAGUGCCUCCCUAAGCAGCUGGGAUGAGAGCCUGGAAAGCAGUAGUGGUAGAAGCCUCCAUGCCAUGGUCAAUAAUGGGAUCAGGGUUGGAAAGCUGGUCAGCAGUGGGCGUUUGGACGGCACGAUGACUGAUGAAAGCCUCAAGAAAUGCCGUCGAAGGACUGCUUAAUCGCAUGGUCAUUGAUUGGGUUGGGACGGUGUGGUCAUUAAUAGGUGCCUUGAUGGUUUGAUCAGUGGUGGAAGGCAGAACAACAAGCUGGAUAGUGUGGUCACCAACAGGAGGCUCAGACGGUGUGGUCAGUGAUAGAAGGCUGACCAACAUGCUGGACCGGGUGGUCACCAACUGGAGGCCUAGACAGCAUCGUCAGUGAUGGAAGGCUGGAUGGCAACCUCAUCAAAUGGAGGUGGGAUUGUGUGGUCACCGAUGGUGGGUGGAAUAGCUUGCCUAGCCACAAAAACCUGGAAACAUUUGGUCCAGCAUUUGCAGCUGGGUGGUCCAGCCGACUACUGGAAGAUGGACAACAUGCUAAAGGAUGUAUGGGGAGCUCCAGCACGUCUCAAUGUCCGAAGGCUGGGCCGCACGCUUAAUUUGUUAUGCAAACAAUUCUGUUUCAAACUAUUAAAAGAAAUGGAUCUGAAGAAAUCCGAAAUCUGUAAUAGGAUUCUUCGUGCAUAAAAAACUUGAAUUCUUGCACUUGCUGUCACAAUGUGCUUUCUGCUCUUGCACUUCACUUGGAGUGACAAAACAAAACAGCGAUUGUUCUACUGCUAUACCCUUGUCUACACGUAUUAUUGCUGUUAAGCCUUGUUGCCGCUUCUGUGAGUGUGAUGAUGAAGAUCUGUUAUCUCUACAGAUGCUAACGUCUAUAUUGUGUGUCCUGUGGACCGGCUGUGUUUCCUGCAGGUGGCCAGCGUUCAAAGCAGAUGCUCAAGCAAGCAGCUCAAAACGAGUGUUUAAAGUCAGCGAGCGUUUU